AUUUCCUUUCGUAAUCAGAUUUACCGGUACCCGCAGGGCUUUUGACAUUUUUUCAGAGAACUUGUCUUUAUCGCUUCCAUCUGCAAGUUGUGACAGUACGGCAUAUUCUUCUUGUUGGACCUGUGCCCUUUUCCUUUCAGAAAGAGAAAGCAAGGAAAAGGGACAAUCACACGCGGACACGUCAGAGGUCUGACACGGGAAGGGGCAUGUGAAACAGAAAGGGAGGCCAUUAGCAGGAGAAAGACAUUUGCCACUGAAUCAAAAUAUCACAGCGAGGAGGCAUAAUGGCGUUAAAAAGUAGUUUGCCACGAGUGCGUAUCUCAGUGGACAUUUAAAAAAGGCUCAACACUUUGGAAUGCGUAUCUUGUCGAGAACAACUGAGAAUAAAUAAGGCAUUUUCGGUUAAUCCCAUCGAAAUCAUGGGAUGCCGCUGAUUUUAUUAGCUCGGCUCGUCAACCUCAAAUUGCGAUUCCCUGCAUACCUUAAAUUGCAAAGAAUCCUGUAGUUUUUGGUUUAGAUCCGAAGCGGUAGGCGGCGAUUUCUGUAAAGUUUGACGAUACGGACUUUCUUUCUUUGCUUGAAAAUGUCUUCCAAUAAUCACAUACCGGAGGAAUACGAGUUAGUUGAAUAUCCAGAGUCAAUUAAAUCGUCUUAUGGAAGCCGGCUUUCGCUUUUCGGCAGAGAAUUAGGGUUUGAUCGAGGCCGCCACGGUCGGAGCCAUGAAAGUGGCUUAUCAUUCCACACCAGAUGGUCUGAAAGCUUCUCGACUGGAUGUUCUGGAAAAUUCGUCAUUAAUCCUGACGGCAUGUUUUAUCGCUGGUGGACGCGUUUUAUUCUCCUGUGGGCAAUUUAUUCCUCAUUCUUUACUCCCUUCGAGUUUGGAUUUUUCCGGGGCUUGCCGAAACAUCUGUGGCCUCUGGAUGUGACGGCACAGAUCAUUUUCUUCGGAGAUUUGAUUGUGCAGUUUUUUCUUGCGUACAGAGACUCGCAUUCGUAUAAGAUGGUUUAUGAUCGCCGUAGCAUUGCUUUGCGCUACUUUAAAACGAGUUUCUCUUUGGAUUUCCUUGGUUGCUUUCCAUGGGACAUUCUUUACAAGACUGCAGGGAGAGAGGAAGGAUUAAGAUACCUGUUGUGGAUUCGGUUAUAUCGAGUGAGGAAGCUUACAGAGUUUUUCCAGAAAAUGGAAAAGGAUAUCCGUAUAAAUUAUCUAUUCACAAGAAUAGUGAAACUUAUAGCUGUAGAGCUCUAUUGCACACAUACUGCUGCUUGCAUUUUUUAUUAUCUGGCAACAACCCUUCCAGAAUCAAAAGAAGGAUUUACAUGGAUUGGGAGCUUAACUUUGGGUGAUUACCACUUUAGAGAUUUCAGAGAGAUCAGUGUUGAGAGGCGGUACAUAACAUCACUUUAUUUUGCCAUUGUUACCAUGGCUACUGUUGGUUAUGGUGACAUACAUGCUGUGAACACAAGGGAAAUGAUAUUUGUUAUGAUAUAUGUUUCAUUUGACAUGAUUCUUGGUGCCUAUUUGAUUGGUAACAUGACAGCACUAAUUGUUAAGGGAUCCAAGACUGAAAGAUUUAGAGAUAGAAUGACCGAUCUCAUCAGAUACAUGAAUAGAAAUAAGCUUGGGAGGGACAUAAGGGCACAAAUUAAGGGCCAUGUGCGUUUGCAGUAUGAGAGUAGUUAUAGUGAAGCUAUUGUUCUUCAUGAUAUUCCAAUAUCUAUUCGUGCAAAGGUCUCCCAAUCAUUAUAUAUGUCAGAGGUUGAACAGGUGCCUCUUUUCAAGGGAUGUAGCUCUGAAUUUAUAAGUCAGAUUGUAACGAGAUUGCAUGAGGAGUUUUUUCUUCCUGGUGAAGUCAUAAUGGAGCAAGGAAAUGCGGUAGAUCAACUUUACAUUAUUUCUAGUGGUUCUUUGGAAGAAAUACUUGCUGCUGGGGAUGGAUUGGAGGAUACUAUUUCACGGCUUGAACCACAUAGCAUAUUUGGUGAAAUUGCUGUGCUUUGCAAGAUUCCACAGCCUUACACAGUUCGUGUUUGUGAGUUGUGUAGGCUAUUGCGACUAGAAAAACAAUCUUUUGUUAAUAUUCUACAACUUUAUUUCAAAGAUGGACGACAGGUCCUAACCAACCUCCUUGAGGGAAAAGAAACAGAUCUGAGAAUCAAGCAGCUGGAAUCAGAUAUCACUCUUCUAAUUGCAAAGCAAGAAGCCGAAUUAGCAUUACAAGUAAACAGCGCUGCUUACCAUGGUGAUUUAUAUCAUCUAAAGAAUUUGAUUAGGGCUGGUGAAGAUCCAGCUCGGGCUGACUAUGAUGGAAGGACAGCUUUGCAUUUGGCUGCAUCUAAAGGAUAUGAAGAGAUCACAUUAUUUCUCAUACAAGCUGGAGCAGAUGUCAAUUCUAUAGAUAAAUUUGGAAAUACACCCUUGCUAGAGGCUGUCAAGGGUGGGCAUGAUCGGGUCGCUUCUUUACUUGCUGAGAAUAAAGCAUCUUUGAUUUUAGAAGAUGCUGGGAAUUUUCUCUGCAAAGUAGUAGCAAGUGGGAAUGCAGAGUUCUUGAAACGUCUUUUAGCCAAUGGAAUUGACCCAAACUCAAAGGACUAUAACUAUCGGACACCACUCCAUAUGGCAGCAGCUGAAGGAUUGCAUUUGUUGGCAAAGAUUUUGUUGGAUUCAGGGGCCAGUGUUUUUGCAAUGGAUAGAUGGGGAAAUACUCCACUGGAUGAAGGACGCAAGUGCGGGAGUAAACCUUUGAUCCAAAUGCUAGAGGAAGCGCAUGCUGUAGAGAGUACCAAAGGUUGUCCAAGAUUACAUUCAUCAACAACAAUUUCUGAAGGCAGAGUUUCAAGUAUGGAUCCAAUCUUGUGCACCGAAUGUCUUGGGAAUUCUGAUAUCUCAGAAGGGAAUUCUUUCCAAAAACUUGGAACAGAGGUAUCUCAAUAUGUAGAAAAGAAACAUAAAACAUGCACUGUGUUCCCUUUUCACCCAUGGACCCCAAGAGAGGAGAGAAAAAAUGGACUAGUCAUGUGGAUUCCUCAUACAAUCGAGGAUCUGCUACACUCUGCAGCACACCAAUUUGGUUUUCUUGGCACUUGUGUUCUAACAGAAGAUGCAGGGCAAAUUUUGCAUACAGAUUUUAUACAAGAUGGCCAAAGACUUUACGUGAUUGAUACGGCUGAGUGACUAAAAAUUAUGCUAGUCUCCCAUUAGUGAAGUUCUACAAGGUUGCUAAUUUUGCUUGUUUGCUUUACUAGAAUGCUUCUGCAGUCUUUGAUGUCCUAUGAAGUUGACAUUUUCUGCACCUUGGUAUCUAGUUUUUCUGAGAUGACAAUGCUUGACUUGUUCUUUCAGCUUAGAGAUACACUUAAAUUCAAAUCAUUUAGCAUGCUGAUUUGUCUGGUAAGACUUAAAGAGCACAUGUUCAGAUGUAUGUGAUUUACCUCCAAACUAACAGGAGUAGAGAUGAAAAUGGCUGACAAUAUCCAGUUAUCAAGAUCAACGAACCAUUCAAUUGGGAAAUGUUCCUUACAAGGGGGGUAUACAUCCCCAUGUUCGUUUUGCCUAUGUUUAAUGGCGGACCAUUUAAUCUUCUUGUUUAGAACUUAAGCAACAAAUAUUUGCUUUAAUUCUAAGUAUUUUCUGUACCUAUGGAGCAUCAACAGAGGAUAAAAAAUUCAACAGAGCAAAUGGCAUGGAAGCAGAAAUAUGAAGCCUGGACAAUAAUUGAAAGGUAAUGUCAGUAGAGAUGGUGAGUAGUAGUAGUACGAACGAUUCUACUGUUGUACAUAGAAGAGUUGUUCCUUGUUCGAUUUCUUCACAUUAUAUGUAUGGAAUAAACAAUUGAGCACUUUAUUGUAUAAUAGCAGAUAUUACCGUAAGGUCUAAAACAUGUUUUUCA